UGAACUCGUGCUUUACCUGUUUCAGUUCAAACCUCCUCAGUGACCUGCACAGAGGAAGUGGACUCAUGGCGCUGAGCGGCAGAAUGGACGGAGCAUCUCUUCAGUGUCUGCUCUUUCUGACCUCACUGCUCUGCUGCAGAACAGCCCAAGCUCGUCUGACUGUGAGUCCCAGCAGCUCUCAGAUGUUUGAAGGAGACUCUGUCUCUCUGAGCUGUGAGGAGGACGACAGCUCUGCUGGAUGGAGGCUGUGGAGGAAGACGGCCAAACAAACCAGAGCUGAGUGUGGAGCUGGGUGGGGAAGAUCAGCUGGUUCCUCCUGUUUGAUCGGCCACAUCGUCCCAUUGGACAGUGGAGUUUACUGGUGUGAGUCCAGAGAGGGAGCAACCAGUAACAUCAUCAACAUCACUGUCACUGGUGGAUCAGUGAUCCUGCAGAGUCCUGUCCUCCCUGUGAUGGAGGGACAUGAUGUCACUCUGCACUGUAAAACAAAGACCACUCCCUCCAACCUCCCAGCUGCUUUCUAUAAAGAUGGCUCCCUCAUCAGGACUGAGCCUACAGGUCACAUGACCAUCCACCAUGUUACCAAGUCUGAUGAAGGCCUCUACAAGUGUAACAUCAGCAGUGAUGGAGAGUCUCCACCCAGCUGGAUCACUGUCACAGGUGAAUCUUUAACCACAGAUCCACCCUCUGAUUCAGCUCCACCUCCUACCACAGACUCCUCCCUCCUCACGUUCAGUCUCCUCCACCUGGUGGUGUUGUGUCCGUACUUCAUCUCCACUGUCCUCAUGGUGUCUUUAUAUCGACACAGACCCACAGGAAACCACCUGCCCAUCUCCAUGGUGAUGACCCCACCCACCCAGGCUGAGCAGGGAUUGGAUGAUGACUAUGAUGAUGUCACCACAGAGCAUCACUUCUGACCUGAUCCAAUGACAGAAACACACAGACCUUUAGUGUCAGUCAAACUUCCUACUGACACAGUACAAACUUCUCUCUCAGUUCGUUUCAUUUUUAUGUAAAAGCAAACAAGAAGAAUAAUCACCUUUGAUCAGAAACUAACCCAAGUUUUUUUCCAACUUUAAAUCAGUUCUAAAAACAACAGGUUCUCUACAUCAGCUGCACAGUGUUUUGUCUUUGCUUUGUUAAGAUAUUUUCAGAGCUAGUUCUUUGGCCUUUGUGUGUAGGGGCCCUCUUUUCUUAUUUUGCUGUCAGGAGACUUUUCCUCUGUUCUCUGUUUCAGGUGUCUCAAUGGAUUUGGCUUUCUAGUCUGAUAUGACCCCCACCCCCUCUUGUCUGAAUAUUCAUGGGCACUGAGUUGAACAUUUUACAGCCUUGCAAUAAAGUAAAGAACUUUUAAAAAGUAUGAUCGCUCUUUGAAGACAUAACCAAAGAACUACAGAAAGGCCUAUAGUCUAACCAUCACAAUAUAGGACUGUAUCAUCUGCAUAGAGUGUGACACAAUUGGCUUCAUGUAACAACCACUUGCAUCAACACACUCGCUUUUAAUAUCUGGUUUAAGAUAAAUUGUCUCAUUCACCAGUUUAGGAAUACAACAAUGUUCUU